AAAUUGGCAAGGAUUUGACGUUUGCGUAACAGUGUCCGUAUACUGUUAGACGUGAUUAUUUUGCAGCAGUACGUUCAUACUGACACUCUCAGACAACUAUCCCAACUGUUUGGUGAUUGAUUCGUAUCAAUAAGACAUGUUGCGGAAAUUUAAAACUACUAAUUACUACGUAACUCGAGUUAGAUAUAAUGAAAGUUUACCUAUUAUAAAUAUCUGAAACUAGGACGUGCUUUUCGUACACUCAAAUGAAAGUCUAAAGCAUCACGAUAGUCAAGUAUUUUCUUGUUCAAAUGGCCGGUACCAAUCCUGUUGACCACAGAAGAAAAUGGGACAAAGCUCAUUUUGAGAAAUUGGCGAGUGAUAAACUUAGUAAUGAGUUAGAGGCUAUGCGGAAUGCUCGAAAAGAAAAGGAAACUAUGAAAAAGGAGUAUUUAAAGGCUCGUGAUUAUACAAUUGACUUGGAAUCUAACCUGAACAAAUCUCAAGUAAUUGCAAAGACCGGACCAGGAUCUUCACAAGCAGGCUACUACUGUGAAGUUUGUGACUGUGUUGUGAAGGAUUCAAUUAACUAUUUGGACCAUAUAAACGGUAAAAAACAUCAAAGAAAUAUGGGAAUGUCAAUGAGAAUUAAAAGGUCAACUUUAGAAGAAGUUAAAGAAAGGUUUCAGCUUCACAAGCAAAAAUCCGAAGAAAAGGCGGAAGAGUACAGUUUAGAUGAAAGGAUGAAACAAAUCGCCGAGGAAGAAGAAAAAUUUAGGGCUUAUAAACAAGAAAAACGCAAAGAGAAAAAGCGUAGGAAUAAUGAGCAGUUUGAAGACUCUGACGUCGCGGCAGCUAUGGGAUUUGGUGGUUUUGGUAAGAGAUCAAAGUGACCGUUGUAAAUAAUCAGCUCCUGUAAUUGUGUAUUAUAUUUAAGUGAACGAUAAAUUUUAUACUUCCAA